GAGGUUGAGUCUCCCGUCGUGUGUGGUCGUGCGGUGUGGGCACAGCGUGUCUCGUUCUGUGGGCUGGGUGCGGCGUGGAGCCGCGGCGCUGUGCUGGACCCCGGGGAUACGGUGAUGGGGAAAAUGGACGAAGUCUGUGCCCUCGCAGAUCUCAUGUCCUUUUUUAUUUAGUCACUUCACAUGUGCACGUGGGAUUAAAAAUUCAGAUAAGUGCUGUGAAAGAGAAGGGCAUCCUGAUGCGGGGGAUGACUUGAAUAAGAGGCGUUUCUUUGAGGAAGUGAGGUUGCGGCUGAGAUGUGAAGGGUGCCGUACAGGUGUCAAGAGCUCACUAUAUGUGGUUGAGUAAAUGACCAAGGUAGAGAGAGUCAAAUAAAAACUGCUUGUUGAUAAGUACUUCUGACAUUUCCCCAGUGGCUAAAAUGGAAUACAAUCUAUGAAGUUGGAGCAUUUGGAAUAAAUGACUCCUCCUACUCCAGAAAGGAAACCUCAUCUAGGGCCAUGACACUACUUCCUCAUCAUCCAUGAGCUACUUGGUUAAGCUAACACCGUGGGAGCCCUGGCCCUUUGGGAGGAAUCAAGCUGACUCUUGGCAUGAGGCUCCUGUCUUCCCGGGGUUGAGAGGGGCACUGCCAUGGCUUCUCUGGAUGACCCAGGGGAAGUGAGGGAGGGCUUCCUCUGUCCUCUGUGCCUGAAGGACCUGCAGUCUUUCUAUCAGCUUCAGUCACAUUAUGAGGAAGAGCACUCUGGGGAAGAUCGUGAUGUCAAAGGGCAAAUUAAAAGUCUUGUCCAAAAGGCUAAGAAAGCAAAGAACAAGUUGUUGAAACGAGACGGUGAUGAUCGAGCAGAAUCAGGAACCCAAGGAUAUGAAUCUUUCAGCUAUGGAGGGGUUGAUCCUUACAUGUGGGAACCCCAGGAGCUUGGUGCUGUGAGAAGCCAUCUUUCCAACUUCAAGAAACACCGGGCUGCCAGAAUUGACCACUAUGUUGUUGAAGUCAAUAAAUUAAUAAUCAGGUUAGAGAAGCUCACUGCAUUUGAUAGAACCAAUACCGAAUCUGCGAAAAUUCGAGCAAUAGAAAAAUCUGUGGUGCCGUGGGUCAACGACCAGGACGUCCCUUUCUGUCCAGACUGUGGGAACAAGUUCAGCAUCCGUAACCGCCGCCACCACUGCCGCCUGUGUGGGUCUAUCAUGUGCAAGAAGUGUAUGGAGCUCAUCAGCCUGCCCUUGGCAAACAAGCUCACCAGUGCCAGCAAGGAUUCCCUGAGCACCCACACCAGCCCCAGCCAGUCACCCAAUAGUGUUCAUGGCUCCCGCCGGGGCAGCAUCAGUAGUGUGAGCAGUGUGAGCUCAGUCCUGGAUGAGAAGGAUGAUGACCGGAUCCGUUGCUGUACACACUGCAAGGACACACUGCUCAAGAGAGAGCAGCAGAUUGAUGAGAAGGACCACACACCUGACAUCGUGAAGCUCUAUGAGAAAUUACGACUUUGCAUGGAUAAAGUUAACCAGAAAGCUCCUGAAUACAUCAGGAUGGCAGCAUCAUUAAAUGCUGGGGAGACAACCUACAGUCUAGAACAUGCCAGUGACCUUCGAGUAGAAGUACAGAAAGUGUAUGAACUAAUAGAUGCUUUGAGUAAGAAGAUCUUAACCUUAGGCUUGAACCAGGACCCUCCACCACAUCCAACAACUUUGCGGCUGCAGAGGAUGAUCAGAUACUCAGCUACGCUUUUUGUGCAGGAAAAGUUGCUUGGUUUGAUGUCAUUGCCAACCAAAGAACAGUUUGAAGAACUGAAAAAGAAAAGGAAGCAGGAAAUGGAGAGGAAGCGGACCACAGAGCGACAAGCUGCUCUGGAGUCCCAGCGAAGGCGUGACGAAAGGCAGAGUGGCCUGGCGUCGCGUGCAGCCAACGGGGAGGUGGCAUCUCUCCACAGAGGCCCUGCCUCUUUGAGAAAGGCUGAGGGCUGGCUCCCGCUGUCAGGAGGUCAGGAACAGGGUGAAGACUCGGAUCCGCUCCUCCAGCAGAUCCACAACAUCACCUCGUUUAUAAGUCAGGCCCAGGCCGCGGGCCGCAUGGAUGAAGUGCGUGCGCUGCAGGAGAACCUGCGGCAGUUGCAGGACGAGUAUGACCAGCAGCAGACAGAGAAGGCCAUUGAGCUGUCCCGGAAGGAGGCCGAGGAGGAGGGGCUGCAGAGGGAACAGCUGCAGAUGCUUUGCGAACGGGAGCGGGUGCGAGAAAGGGAGCAGUUCCGGGUGGCAUCCUUGCACACACGGACUUGGUCCUUGGACUUCAGAGAAAUCAGGCCUUUUCAGGUGGAGACCAUCAGAGAGCCUCGUACUCACCUUGCUUCUGCUUUGGAUCUAGGCUUUUUACCAGUUCAAAGCAGUACAGCUCCCAAGACCCCUUCACCCAACUCAGCUCGAGAGCCCAUCAGAGUAUGGUCUGGGCCCCCAGGCCUUGGCCAGGAAUUCUCUCUCCAGAACACCAUGUCACAGCAAAAUGAGGUGCCCUCCCUCAACCCCUUUGAGGAAGACCUUUCCAGCCCCACAGAAGAGGGCACUGCCAGCCCACCUGCUGCGGAGGCUUCCUUUGGCCCUGCAGCCUGCAUCCCAAGAGAGUACAAUCCUUUUGAGGAAGAAGAGGCGGCAGUGGCAGCAGUGGCAGGGAAUCCCUUCACAAACCCAGAUAGUCCCGCACCCAACCCCUUCGACGAGGAAGAUGAGCAUCCCCACCAGAGUCCCACAAGCCCUCCUGUUCCCGGCAACCCCUUCGAGGAACCCACCUGUACCAACCCCUUCGAGAUGGACAGUGACAGUGGGCCAGAGGCCGAGGAGCGCAUAGAGGAGGAGCUGCUCCUCCAGCAGAUCGAUAACAUCAAGGCGUAUAUCUUUGAUGCCAAGCAGUGCGGCCGCAUGGAUGAGGUGGAGGUGCUAACGGAGAACCUGCGGGAGCUGAAGCACACCCUUGCCAAGCAGAAGGCGGGCACUGACUGACUAGCCCAGGGGCCUGGCAAGAGUCAGUGGAGCAGGAGAGAGAGCAGGAGGGACUGAUGGAGAAGUGGGCAGGGUGAGAUUCAUUAAGAUGCACACAGCUUAGGGGCGGGAAUUUGCUAUUUUGUGCUGUGCACUUUGAGAUAUUUCCACUACAGUUGAAUAAUAAAAUGGGAACUAGAUCAGGAAGAAUCAGCAUUCAUUUGCUGUUUUCCCUGGGGUGUUUUUUUUUUUUUCCUUGUUUUUUUCUUAACUGGGGUUUUUCCCCUUUCUGAGGGACUUUACAUUUUUACUACCGAGAUAUAGCUACAUGUAGCUCUGUUGGGCCCAGGGCAGAAAUGGCUUCCAUAAAACUCUUGGGUCCAUUUGCUAUUGCCUUGUCUUGGGUCACUUUGCAGUGUUAUAGGGCAGCCUUCUAUAGGGCCUGUCCUUUAGUCAAGACAGGAUGGCGUCCACUGAAUCUUAGGCUCUGGGUUCCCUUUCACCUGAGGCUUUCUCUGUCCUGCUCAGUGUCUCCUGCCCGCCACCUCCUCAGGGAAGUGUUGCUGUGAAGGGCAGUGUUUAGAACUAGGAGAGCCCAGCACCUUUUUUUUCUUCCCCUUUUUUUCUUUUCAGGUGAUUGUAUUGUGGCAACCAGCAGCUCUUUUUAAGAGGGGUGAUGGGGGAAUGUUUUGCCGGAAUCUGUUUCCCUCUCAAAUUUCUGUCUCUUUCAGGAAGUUGAGCUCCCAGUGCAGGGGUAUCAAUGUGAUUCUGAUCAUUAGCUUUCUAGAAAACAGGAGUGGUCAACUUUUUGGUUUAUAUUACUAUUAUUUGGGAGAAAAGUUUCCCCAGCCUUGCUCUGACUGUCUCCAGAGACACCUCCCUCUCGAGCUUUGACAAAAUUGCUCUGAUCUGGGCCUUUUAAAAAGGCCCGGUCUGGGGCCAGCCCAUGGCUCACUUGGGAGAGUGUGGUGCUGAUAACACCAAGGCUACGGGUUCGGAUCUUAAAAUAAAUAAAUAAAUAAAUAAAUAAAAGGCCCAGUCUGUUACUUAGAAGUUAGUGAUCAGGAAGCUUUUGUGGAAUAACAACAGGAGAAGGGAAGCUUCUCUGAAUCGGAAGAUAAAUAAAAAUAAUUUCCAAGGCUGUUUGAUCAGGCUUCUUCCCUCUUGAUUCAUCCUGUCCUGACCUGGGGCACUGCUGGGAUAUUUUCGUACCAGUGUUUAGUAUUAGAAAACUGAAAUGUUUAAAGAGGCACAACCCAGAUCAUUCAGAUAGAUAGCACUAUAGUACUUGAACUCUUCACCAAUUAAGGCAGAAAGGGAAGUUUUAAUUUAGCUCGGGUGCUUUGGGUUUACAGAAACAUAAACCUUAACUCACAACUGACAUUGUGAUACCCAAGUGUGCUCUGCCCUGGGUAGUUUCUGCAGUUACCCAUAUUAAUGAACAAUAACUGACCACUAGUCACUUUAUACUCCUUAACCAAUUCUGAACCAUACCUUCACUGGUUACUGGUAUGAAAGUUGAAAUUCAUUUUGUUACACUCUGGUGAAGACCCCUCUUGAUAUUAGGAAUGUCUGAACUCUCUUGAUGUAAAAAUAAUCUGUAUUUCUGUCGAUGCUAUUCACUUUUCUUUAGUACCUGCUGGGUCUUUUGGCAGAAUAAGAAGGUCCUGCAUAGGGGAUGUGGGAAUGGGGAAUGGGUGGAGGGUAUGCACUCAGGUUCUGUUAACAAAGGAAUAUGAGUGGGUUCCUAAUGUCAGCCAGUUACUAGCCCUGCAGGUUGUCAUGGUUUGUUUGGGAAGUUGACAACCAGGCACCUACGACGUUGCCCAGUACAGCCUCUUUUCUUUUCCUGAGUCCCAUGCCCUUCAUGCUGUUAUUCUGGAGGUCUCAUGAAUGGCCAGCAUGCUCCUCACUGCUCAGUCUCAUUUCUCUGACUGUAGAGAGAGGAGGCUCUCUGCACUGAAAAGCAGGUAGUUCCAGGAGCUAAGUGCUUCUUUUCAUCUUAAUUACUUUUCUUAUGAGACUGUCUCUCUUUUAAUUAGCUGGUGAUUUCAAUUAAGACUAAUUCACUAAAUGUGCCCCUUCCCUGAAAUCAAUCCCAGGUAGCAAUUUGCAAGUAACCAAGAGCUUCAAGAAACACACAAGAAUCAUUUUUAAAAACUAUUUUAAAAAACUAAAUUUUCUGAAUAUAUGCUAAGCCAAGCUAACAUCAUAUCCCUCUGAUUUCAUUGAAUUCUUCCAUAGAUGAAUUCUUUCAUGAAUUCUCCUAUUUAGUUCUUUCAUGGCUAUAUUCUCCUGUAAUCGUAGACAUGAUAGGAGUUAGAAUUCUCUGCCCCUCAGGUGUACCACUUCCCAGAACUCAUGCAGACAUAAGGUUGGAUUCACAGAGAUGGGUUGACAGCAAGGAAGAGUUGCCUGAUGAAUUGUGACCACAACUUCAAGUUCUUACCUCAUGUAAAUAUUUCACCCUUCCUGCAGUCCUUCAAGGCACACAGCUCCAUCUCAUCAGAAAUGAACAAGGUCUUGAGAUGGCGUCGGCAGAUCUCCCUAGACAUAGAUCGUGAUCGUACAUGGAAGAGACUUUGGGAUUCAGGCAUCAAACGAAGUUGGCUUUUUCUUUUUGCCUUGUGUUUUCUCCUGUCUACUACACUAAGGACACUUACUCACUGUACUUGCAGGUCAAAUGUGUUUUUGUUGUUCAGAUACUAAAAUGUACCUGAGUCGUCAUGAGCCAUGUGGGAGGCUGGACAUUGACAAAGUUAGGUGAAGGGACUCAUCAUGAGAAGCUGGUCUCUUUACCACAUCACAGACUGGAGUAGCAGAUUGUGCUGGUCAUGUGACAAUGACUGCCAGUUUGAGGGUUGUUAAUUUGCAUGCAUUACUCUGGAGCCCUGUAUUGGAACCUUUUUUUUAAAAAAUAAAAUAACAGUGGUUAA